AUUUUCCAAUUAAUAUCACUUGUUGAAACGAAGACGAUAAUCAGACAGUCAUGGCUUUCGCGAGCUUUGUUAAGAAACAAAUUGUUGUUUUUGUAUUAUUAUGGAUGGGAGCUGAAAGUGCAAGGCCUCGUCCACGCAUAGUUGGUGGAAACUUUGCCCACGAAGGACAAUUUCCUCACCAGGUAUCUAUACUCGUGGAUGGCGAACAUAAUUGUGGAGGUUCCAUAAUGUCGGAACGUUAUGUAAUAACAGCAGCCCAUUGUGUGACCUAUGGAAAUCCACCUCAACGCAUCCCCUUGGAUGUGAUGAAGGUUAGAGCUGGCAGUGUGUUGUACAAUUCCGGAGGCCAACUUGUUGGAGUAGAGGAGGUGAAAAUUCAUCCUUCUUAUAAUCGAUUCGAAAACGACAUUGCCUUGAUCAAAUUAUCCGAAGCCUUGCAAAUGAAUGAUGAUGUGGCCAGCAUUCCUUUGGCCACUCAGAAUCCCCCCUCUGGCGUUUACGUUUCCACCUCUGGUUGGGGUCGCAUUAGCUACGAUGGACCCCUAUCAACUAGUCUGAAAUUCAACACCCUGGUUUCGCUUGACCGUCGUGAUUGUAGUCUCUGGUCCAGUAGCAAUGUACCCGAGAAGGUGAUUUGCGUCGUUGGUUCUGCCGACAAUGGAGUUUGUCGCGGUGAUUCGGGUGGUCCUGCAGUCUACCAAAAUGAGUUAGUGGGUGUUACCAACUACAUUCAGGGUGGAUGCGGCUACAACCCUGAUGGUUUUGCCAGUGUAGCCGAACAUCUUGAGUGGCUGAGAGAAAAUUCACGAGAAUAAAAUUGUAAAAAAAGAUUUAUAGGUUUUAUGCUAUAAAAUAAACACAAUAAACUAAUAUUUAAUACUAAA